AUGGGUACCAACACAGACAACUACAGCCCUUGCAAACUCUCAUCCGUGCGUGCCAUCAGACACGAAAUGGUCUCGAAUGCAAAUUUGAGAGAUGACAUCCUCGAGCUAAGAAUGAGGCACUGCAUCGCCAUCCAGUCUGUCAUCCGCCUUGCACCUCCCAAGUCUCUCUUGGAGGUUGAGCCUAAAGACACUGAGCCGACUCUGACUUCGCUAUUGUCAUUGUCACCCGGUGCACUACUUGUGGCUGAAUCUGGUGAUGCAUCUCCCUUUGAAACACUAGAAGAGUUAAACAAGGAACUCGACACUCGUCUUUCAUUCGACUGGGUGCUCCCGACCCAGCCGACGCCACGUACCGUGGCCAUGGUUGGAGGCCGCCGUUUAUACGAUAUGAAUAGAGGGCAAUACGGUGCUCGUGGACUAUUUGAGGCUGCCCAUGCCCUUGGAAUGGCUGUAAUAGUCCUUGACGCACCAGGGCAUUGGCUCGAAAGCAAGACUUAUGCCCAUCUCCGGCACGACUUCAUCGCCAUUGAUGUGGCGGCUGGCGACGCGAAGCUGCCAAUGAUCAUCGCCGAGGCUAUCAAAGAGCAAAAAGUUGAUGGUAUUGUCACUUUCUCGGAUGAAUUUGUCAUCUCUACUGCAAAAGCAGCGGAGCUGCUGGGCCUCCCAACUGAGCCCGUGGAUGCCAUUCUUCGAGCACACCACAAGGACGAGACGCGCAAGGUUGUCAACAAUCCCAACAUCCAGUCAGUCAGAUUAGACUCUCUAGCACAGCUAGACGACCCUGUCAUCCUUGGAAGCUUGGCCAAUCUUGAAUACCCUCUGAUCGCGAAGCCUUGCCGGGCCGGCGCAUCUCGUGGAGUCAGAAAAUGCCAUGAAAUCUCGACAUUGCGCCAGGCUAUCAAAGACAUGGACGACGAUGGCCUUACAAAAUAUGGUGUUCAGAUUGAGACGUACGUCGAUGGCCCAGAGAUUGACGCCAACUUUGUCCUCUGGAAUGGUGAGCUUUUAUUCUGCGAGAUCUCGGACGACUUCCCCUGCCCUGCCGAUGCAGUCGACGCCACGCUCGAAGCCAACUUCGCGGAGACACUCAUGGUCCAUCCUACCAGUCUCAACCCCACGGAAGCCAAGCUAAUUCAGUCAACUUUGCAUCAGAAUCUUUUAAAGUUAGGAUUUCGCUCUGGCGUCCUUCACGUAGAGGCACGAAUGCGGAACUCCUCCAAGUUCUACCGGGAACUGGACGGCAUUGAGGACCUGGCCGCUGUUGAAGGCCCGAAAGGUCAACCAGAAGUCGUUCUGAUCGAGGUCAACGCCCGCCCCCCAGGGUUUGACCCAGUAUGGGCGACCCUGCAUACGUACGGCGUGGAUUUGUGUGCGCUCCAAUUCCUACAAGCUCUCGGGGACCGCGAGCGCUACAGAGCCAUGUCAAAGCCCUUCGCGGGCCCUCCUCAUCAGUUUUGGUGCGGAGAUCGCCAGAUCCCCAUGCACCGCGACAGCAUCUACAUGCCUCCCGACUUCUUCGAACGGGUGUUUGGGAUGCUGCCCGAGGUCAAGCCAUACGUGCUGGCAGCGGAGUUCAAGGUUGAGCCUGGGAGCACUGUAUCACCGAGAGCAGGUUCCGGAUUCGUUGCAUACUUCUUACUGUGCUCCAGGACAAGUAGGAGACAUCUGUUGGAGAUGUGUGACUCCGUCUUCCGAGCAUCUUUGAAGGUGUUAGAUGGAGCAUAA